AUGUAUGAGCAUUAUUUGGAAAUUGCCUUUGAGGCCGAAUUGAAUACCAGAGAGGAUCCUGAGCUUCUAGAAAUGGCUCCGGAAAUAUGCAACGAGCAUCCAGACACCAGGGACGCAGCAAUCACUGAGCUUAGAAGAAUGAUUUUUGAUCGCGGGGAAUGCGAGCCUCUUCGGACAGACGACGAGUACUUGUUAAGGUUUCUUCGCGCCAGGGACUUCAUCAUACCAAGGGCGCAUAAACUUCUAGUCAGAUAUUGUGCAUUCCGGGAACAAUGCUCACACUUGUACCAAGAUGUCGACCUGUGGGGACUCGUCAAAGCCGGUGAAGCCUACGAAGGCUGUAUGUACGACCGUCCAGAUGUAGGGAGACUUUCGAUCAUGCGCUUUGGUAAAUGGGACCCCUCAGAGUAUCCUGUUGAAGAUCUAGUCCGUCUUGGUGUUGUUAUGUUGGAGAUCGGCAUACGACAACCGAAGCUCCAGGUGUUUGGGGGCACUGUGCUUGUAGAUCUGGAAGGCCUGUCACUACGACAAGUGUCCGCUCUGACACCUACAAUUGCGUAUCAAAUUGUCAAUAUUAUGGGAGUCUCAACACCAAGUAAACUGAACGCGUGCCACAUCAUCAACUACAACUGGCUCCUGAACACAUUCUUCUUCGUGUUCAAGAAAUUCAUACCCCAAAGGGCGUGGGACAAAAUACAUUUCCAUGGGAAUGACUUGAAGUCACUCCAUAAGCACUUGGACCCAGCGUGUUUGCCUCCAAGGUAUGGGGGCACCUGUAGGAGCCACGUAUCAGCUCGCAAAUGGUUGCAGAAGAUAAAGAAGUACAGAGACGAACAUUUUGACAAAGAAAUGAAACAAUUGGGAUUUGUUAUUAAAGAAUAG